AUGGCUGAGCCUGGCCUCAGUCAUGUGGCGUCCCGCUGCAGUCGCACCUCCCAAGUCUCCUCCAACCUCCACGCAGCCGGAGAGGCUCUGGGUAUGUGCCCCGUGGGCUCCGCCCAGCCCCAGGUCCCCGCGAAGCUGCUGCCGGAGCCCGACGUGUCGUUGGUGCGCAAGAAGUAUGUGCUGUCGUCCUUCCAAGAUGCCCUCAUGAGGCACACCUCCCUGGUCACACAGCUGGUGGCUCAGGACCAGAGAGUCUGCAUCCACUUCACAAGCAUGCUUUUUGGACUUGUAUGCAGUGUGGAAGAUGGGAGUGUAACAGACAUCUGUAUUGAAGUCCUUAUCCAGCUUACAACGCAGCUGAAACUGGAGGAGACCAUCAAUUGCCUGCUGGAUGAGUGCCACAAACAGCUGUGUAACAUGCCCUCCAUGCGAGGCAGCCUGGCCACACUGACCCUUCUCGGCAAGUUGGUGGAUGCUAUCCCUGCUGUGGCAGACAAGCUUGUAGUGGAGCAUGGCAACCUGAUGGAGCAUCUUUUGAGAGGCUUAGUAUACCCCAGUGAGGGGGUGCAAGCUUCGGUCUGUUACCUCUAUGGGAAGCUAUACUCUUCACCAGUGGCAGCCGAGAUGCUUUCGGGACACUUCCGGGAGAAGCUAUGUCCCCUCUUCCUUUCUAUCCUGGACGGUGCACAGACAAAGGAGCUACAGAUCAACUGCUUGGGUUUGCUGAGGCAGCUGCUGAAGUAUGAUCUCUUUGUGUCCAUGAUCAUGAACAAGUCUUCCCUGGCAGAAAGUGCUGAGAAUGUAGAGAGGCCACCAGGAGAGAGCUCACUGCCUUUGGUGCUCAAAAAGCUUCUCCUCUCUAGAGAUGAGAUCCUGCAGAUUGCCAGUGCCCACUGUAUAACUGCGGUGUUGGUCCACUCCCCAGCGAAGCAUGCCCUGGCCUUCAUCCAGGCUGAUAUCCCAGAGUUCCUCUUUGAGCAUCUUUCCUCUUCCAGUGAAGUGCUCGUCUGGUCCAGCUACAACUGUUUGAUACUCUUGGCAGAAGAGCCAUUCUUCUUUUCCAAGUGCCAUACGGUAUACGGGAUUGAGGCGGUGGUAAGGAGCCUACAGGGAAGCCUGAAGAUGAACAACACGGAGCUGCACAGGCAGGGCCUGCUGCUCUUUGCUGAGAUCUUGACUCGGCAGCCAGAGGAGAUCAAGCUGUUCACAACCUCAGCCAUGUGCAGAGAUGCUGGCCGUGCCCUCCAAGAGGCAGUGAGCAGCCCUGUACUGGAGGUGGCCACCGAGGCAGUGAAGGCCAUUUCUGCUUUUCUGAGGAAGGAUCAUCAGAGUGUUCCACCUGUGCAGUACAGGGAACUGCGAGCCUUGCUUGAAGCCAUGCUGAACCGAUGUGCGGAGUUUUCCCAGACCCCUCUGAGCAGGAGGCCCCUGGGCCAUGCCUCCAGUAGAGAUUCAGAGAAGGCCAUUCUUCGAAGGGGAAAGUUCCUCCUGAGCACUUUGGAAGGAUUUAGAAAUGCCUGCAGGUUGGCUGUGGAAUUCCAGAGUGAGCCUUCAGCCCAGGAGAAUCCAUUUACAGCUCCCAGUGCCGAGAAGGAAGACACCUUGGAGGCUUUCUCAGAAUUUCUUCUCAGUGCCAGUGACUGUCUGUGUAUCCCCAUGGUGAUGAGGCACUUGGAGCAGGCCACCCACCCAGCCUUGAUGGAAGUUUUCCUCUCGAUUCUAUACAACCUCUUUGUCAUCGUACCCCACAUGAAGGAGAAGUUCUCCAAGAAACUCGCUGCCUCAUCCUUCAUACAACUGACCCUGGAGCUGAAGGCCAGGUUCUGCAGUGGCCUGAGUUACUCAGCUCUAAACCAGGUGUGUUCCAAUUUCCUCUACAACAUGUGCCUCAACCUCCUCUCAUCUCUAGAGAAGACAGGACCACCUUCCCAAGAAGAGCUCUCUACAGUGUCUGAGUUCCUGCACCAUGGGCUGCCCCAGAUAAGCAGCAGGGGUCCUGAAAGCCUUGCCUUUUUGUCUGAUCGCCAGUAUGUGGAGGGAGCUGCUCGCCAGAGACAGUUCUGCAUCCUGCUCCUCUUCUACUUGGCCUACAUCCACGAGGACAGGUCAGCUGUGAUCAGUGCAAUCAGAAAAUUUCUAGAAAUCAUCCCGGACCUGCACCUAGUCUACACCCAUCAUCCCCUCCUGCUCAGGUUCUUCCUGUUGUAUCCAGAGCUGAUGAGUAGGUUUGGGCACCGUGUCCUGGAACUUUGGUUCUCCUGGGAAGAGAGCAGCUACGAGGAACUGGAUGAUGUCCCUUCUGCUGGGCAGCCCACCCUUCCUACUGGCUUAAUGUCCCUGUUCCAAAUGCUCAGAAGCAGUCCCAGCAUCCUGCUCAUUUUGCUAGACCUUGUCUAUUCCAGCCCAGUGGCAACAGCCCGCAAGGUACUGAUUGUCCUGAGGACCUUCCUGAGGAGGAAUGAGGAUGUCCAAGUGGGUGGUCUCAUCCGUGGCCACUUCCUGCUGAUCCUGCAGCAUCUUCUGGUGGAGCAUGGGUCCUCCCCCUCAGGAGCCUCAGGGAACCUGCCACUGCUGCUGAGCCUCCUCUCCUUAGUGCAGCUGAGGAACAAGUCAGAGCCGGAACUGGACAGCAUGGCCAUGAAGCUCCUUCACCAAGUGAGUAAGCUGUGUGGGAAGUGCAGCCCCUCUGACGUGGACAUCCUGCAGCCCUCCUUCAACUUCCUGUAUUGGAGCCUUCAUCAGACCACGCCUGGUAGUCAGAAAAGAGCUGCUGCAGUGCUCCUGAGCAGCACAACCCUGAUAGAGCUUCUGGAGAAGAUCCUGGCGCUCACCUGGGCAGAGGCAGGCUCUCCCAGGACCGCUCUCCUCUGCUCUGCCUGGCUGCUCACUGCCUCCUUCUCUGCCCAGCAGCAUGAUGGCAGUUUGCAGGUUCACCAGACGCUGUCCGUGGAACUGGAUGAAGUAUUGAAGGCCCUCAGCUUUCCAAAUAGAAAGGCUGCCCUGCUCUCAGCUGCCAUCCUGCGCUUCCUGCGGACAGCCCUUCAACAAAGGUUUUCCUCUGCCCUGGUGGCCCUGGUGCCCUCAGGGUCCCAGCCACCACUAGCCUCCGAGGACACUGUCUUAGCUCCACUGGGAACAUCACAAGUGCUGUCGCUGGUCAUUGGGCUGCAGAACCUCCUGGUGCAGAAGGACCCUCUGUUGUCCCAGGCCUGUGUUGGCUGUCUGGAGGCCUUGCUUGACUACCUGCAUGCCAGGAGCCCAGACAUUGCAUUCCACGUGGCCUCCCAACCCUGGAAUCGGUUUUUGCUGUUUACUCUCUUGGAUGUGGGAGAGAAUUCCUUCCUCAAAUCUGAGAUCUUGAGGCUCAUGACCCUGUUUGUGCGGUACCGGAGCAGCAGCAUCCUCUCUCAUGAAGAUGUGGGUCAUGUUAUACAAGGGGCAGCUUUGGCUGACCUGUCUGCUCUCUCAAACACCACACUCCAGGCUCUGCGUGGCUUCUUCCUGCAGGUCCAGAGCAUGGGCCUCCUGGCUGAUGACAGCACGGCCCACACCCUGCGGGCCUCCCUAGAGGGCCUCUCCCCUAGCGCCUCCUCGGCCAAGCCACCCCUGCAGGACAUGGUCUGCCUGGGAGGGGUGGCUGUAUCCCUGUCCCACAUCAGAGACUGACCCUCAGAAGGCCCAGGGACGGAGAGAACUGAGACCUGGAGAUAAAGUCGGGGCAUAAUUUUUGGAGAAAUGUAUGAUGAUUAAAGCCAUUCAUCUGGAGCUAUUUACUCCAUGAAAUGAAAUCAGGAAAUAAAAUAAUACACUCACAUACCU